AUGCCGAAUCUAGGCCUCUGCAUUGGCCGUCCUGACACCACUGCCACGAUACCGCUGUCUCACGUGAACAGCUCAGCAUCAUCCCCGCUCGCCGCCGCGGCGGCCGCAACCGAAGCAUCUUCAGCAGUACUACUAGCCGCAGCAGCUGUAACCGCAGGCACACAGGCACCAAUACAACCUGCUGCGGCGGCUGCUGGAUUGCUACCGUCCUCGCAAGACAGCGUUGUGGCAACAUCCGCGCCGUCAUUAGUACCGGCAAGGCCGCAAGCAAGACCGCAAGCAAGACCGCAAGGGCGUGCCGCAUCAUGCAACGAGGAGCAGGAUCAGAAGCCGCUCAUUCGUGUCCGUGACCGAGCCAUGGCUGGCAACGAGCAGCAGCAGCAGCAGCAGCAGCAGCAGCAGUGGCUGCUGCAGCAGCAGCAGCAGCAGUGGCUGCAAUGGCACGAGUGGCAUCAGCGGCAGCGGCAGCAGCAGCAGCUUCAACGCCCCUCAGAGCUUCAACGCCCCUCAGAGCUUCAACGCCCCGAGCUUCAACGCCCCUCAGAGCUUCAACGCCCCUCAGAGCUUCAACGCCCCUCAGAGCUUCAACGCCCCUCAAAAGACCUUGCUCAAAGCAGGGGCCUCGCCUCACUCUUCUCUCCAUCCUCUGGCUUUCCAAACUCGCUGAUCCCUCCGCAAUCUCCGCCCUCUCCGCCCUCUCCGCUCCCUCCGCACUCUCCACACUCUCGCACCCACCCUACCGCUGCCUCGUCCUCCCCUGCCACACGCUCUUCCGCCCAUUGCACGCCCGGGUUCCCCAUGCGGGUUGAACCUACACCAGCUCCCACCGCCCCUGGUUCACCCCUCCAACGGGAGGGGGAGGCAGAGGAAGGAGGAGGAGGAGGAGGAGGAGGCGAGGGUGGCGGUGGUGUGGGGAUCGGUGUGGGACGGUGGAGAUCGUCAGACACGAGCUUUGGUGGCCCUGCGACUACUACAGUCGCUGGAUUCCCCCCGCAUUCUGAUCAGCAGCCUGAGGCUGCUACGGCUGCAGCUACUACCACAGGGGCCGCACCAUGGCUUACCAGCUCUGCACUCAGCAGUCUUCUCAAGAAAGAAGCCCCCGAGUCUGCACCUGCUGCUGCUGCUGCUGCUGCUGCUGCUGCUGCUGCUGCUGCUGCUGCUACCUCAAACCACCCUCCAUCAAGCCCAACCACUGCGUCUAGCCUUUCCCCGGCUCUUUCGCCGCCCUUCCCACCGGUUCUUCAGGCGCCGCCUCUUUCCCCUUCUCCGUUUCAUCCCUUUGGGUUUCCCACUCCACUUCAUCCUGCUGCCCAACACUCCCCGGCCCACGCCCCGGCCGGUGCCCUCUCUCCCCCAUCUCACAGUCACGGAGACACAUCAGCAACAUCAUCAUCGUCUGCAGUAGCGGCCGCAGCAGCUGCUAUUCUUGCAGCCGCGGGGGUUUCGAUGCCAAAUCCUGGUGCUGCUUCGUCUUCUUCUGCUGCUGCUGCUGCUGUUGCUGCUGCUGUUGCUGCUGCUCCUCCUCCUGGAGUGGGGGGGUCGACAGCCACACCAUCGGCUAUCACUCCCAUCUUGCCGCCCAUCCACGCAUCCUCAGCCACCCAGCAGCACCGGAUCCAAACAAACCAAAACCUACCAAUACCGCACUCGCAUCCCUUCUCCCAGGAGCAAUAUCAGCUCCACGCGCUUCUCAGCCUUGCCGCUGCUGGCCUCAUUCCCCCUUCCGCUGCUGCAUCACUAGCCCAGCACCCCGCAUUCCAACCACCACCACCGUACACUCACACACCCCCUCAUCCGGCCCCGUUCAGGGCCAUGCCUCCUACGAGCACAGCCCCUUAUCCUGUUCCUUUUGGACCCCCCAAUGUGGCGGCUCCUCCGUCAUUCCCUCACACUCUCCUCUCUUCUCCAGCUGCUUUAUUCCACCCUGGCGUCAGCACAGCAGGAAACACUACCUUCAGCCCUGCAGGGAGCGUGCAUCAGCCGUCCAAUCUCGCGGCUGCUGUUGCUGCAGUGGCAGCAGCCAUUGCUGCGGCUGGGGGCAAUUUGGGGCACGUCCGUGCGCCUGUUGCUGGAUCCAGCGGCGCUGGUUUCAGCCCUGGUGCUCCGAACACAGGUGGUGACUCAGGCGGUGGUGCAGGUGAUGGGGCUAGGGAUCCAAUCAGACAGCUGCUGUUCCCCUCAGCGGUCACCCAUGCCCCUGAGAGUAUUGUUCGGGUGUUGAUGCUGCAGCAGCAGCAGCAGCAGCAGCAGCAGCAGCAGCAGCAGCAGCAGCAGCAGCAGCAGCAGCAGCAGCAGCAGCAGCAGCAGCAGCAGCAGCAGCAGCAGCAGCAGCAGCAGCAGCAGCAGCAGCAGCAAAAACAGCAGCAAGAGCAACAACAACAGCAGCAUCCGCAGACGACUGCUGCUGCUGCUGCUGCUGCUGCUGCUGCCUCUCCUGCUGUACCUUCCACUGCUGCUGGCGCCACUGCUGCUGCCAAUAUGGAAGGAGUGGAUGAUGAUAUCGAUGGGGACGGCGGAGGAGGGGGUGCGUCUGGGGGCCAUGCGGCACAGCAACAUGAGUGGAGUAGACCGACUACUCUUGCCUUGCACACGCCCUCCUUCUCUGCAUCAGCUGCGCCAGCCGCCCGCCCCCACCCCCCUUUUCCCCUUCCUGCCAGAUCCCCCUCCCCUGCAUCUCCGCGCAUCUCGCCUUUCCCCCAUGGCCCCCACCAACCCCCCCAGCCCCAGGACGCGGCGGAGGGAGAGGAGGGCAGCGAGUGGUGUUUUGAGUCGACUCAAAGUAUGACUCGUUCCGUGCGUCUCACCUUUUCCCCCAUGGUCCCCACCAACCACAACCUUCGAGGCGCCUCAAGACUCAUUCCGCGCAUCUCGCCUUUCCCCCAUGGCCCCACCAACCCCCCCAGCCCCAGGACGUGGCGGAAGGAGAGGAGGGCAGCGAGUGGGCCAUGCAGGCGCGCGGGGGCGGGGCACACUCUACACGCCCACGCAGCGUGGCUGAGCGGAACAGACGCAGCAAGAUCAGGUGCGGAGGGAGUUGGGGGAAGGGGGAGAGAUGGGGGGGAGGAUGCGGCGGGUGAAUGGGAUUCCCGCCUGGACCGCCUAAAGGAAUCGCUCCCGAUCUGGAAUCCGCGCAUAGACACGGCCACGAUGCUAGACGAGGCCGUUAACUUCAUCGCGCUGCUGAAGAAGGAGGUUCGUCGCCUACACGUGGAGCGCGACGAGCUCGCCAGCCGCCUCCCCCCCGACGCCAAGCGGCCGAAAGUUCCCGCCGCGGACGACAAGCUAGAAGCGGAUGCGACGAAAGGGAAACGGAAAUUGGAUGAAGAUCGUAGCGGGGCUCGCUGA